UGUCUCAAUCUGCGUGUGGAUUUGGCGUUGAAUGAGAAACAAAAGAAAAUCUUGAAAAAAUGGAAACAAGCUGUAAAUAGCCCACAAUAUGGUUAUAGACUAUGGUUUCGAUUUGGGUAUCUCUCUUUAUAUAUAUGUGUGUAUGGAAAUGACAUUGUGAGAGGAUUUUAGGGGGUUUUGUGCCUUUUUUUCCUAGGGUUUUGUAAUCGAUACAUACAGAACAUAUAUAUACCAGUGGUAGAUAUAUCUAUAUGGUGAUGGUGGAAGCAGAGAUUGGGGACAAGAAGAAGCGGAGUAGUAAGAGGCGGGGGAUAUGGUUUAUUGGGGCGGCGAUCGCGGUCUUAAUUGCGGUAGCGGUGGCCUCCAGACACUCGCAAAAGAUCUCUCUUUUCGUCAACAAUCAUAAGUCCUGCAGCUGUUCUCAGGAUUCACGGAAAUAUACAGGCAUAGUGGAGGACUGCUGUUGUGAUUACGAGACGGUAGACAGUAUUAAUGGAGAAGUGUUGCAUCCUUUGCUCCAAGAGCUUGUCACGACUCCAUUUUUCCGAUAUUUUAAGGUAAAGCUGUGGUGUGACUGCCCUUUUUGGCCUGAUGAUGGUAUGUGCCGCUUGCGAGAUUGCAGCGUUUGUGAAUGUCCUGAAAAUGAAUUUCCAGAAAUUUUCAAGAAUCCAUUACAUCGUGGUCUUCCAUCUGACAAUUUGGUGUGUCAAGAGGGAAAGCCAGAGGCUACAGUUGACCGCACCUUAGAUAGUAGAGCUUUCAGGGGCUGGAUGGAAGUUGAUAACCCGUGGACCAAUGACGAUGAGACAGACAAUAGCGAGAUGACAUAUGUAAAUCUUCAAUUGAAUCCAGAACGUUAUACAGGCUAUGUUGGUCCGUCUGCCGGAAGGAUAUGGGAUGCUAUAUAUUCAGAAAAUUGUCCAAAAUAUUCAUCGGGAGAGAUUUGCCAGGAGAAAAAAGCCUUGUACAAAUUAAUAUCUGGUCUUCACUCCUCAAUCUCAAUCCACAUAGCUGCUGAUUACCUUCUUGAUGAAUCCACCAACCUGUGGGGUAAAAAUCUUGAGUUGAUGCACGAUCGUGUCCUUAGAUACCCUGAUCGUGUUAGAAACUUGUACUUCACUUUCCUCUUUGUUCUUCGAGCUGUGACAAAAGCAGCAGAUUACUUGGAGCAGGCUGAGUAUGACACUGGUAACCUUGCGGAGGACCUGAAAGCACAAUCUUUGAUGCGUCAGUUACUUUACAACCCCAAACUGCAAGCUGCAUGUCCACUUCCAUUUGAUGAAGCUAAACUGUGGCAGGGCCAAAGUGGACCUGAACUAAAGCAGCAGAUUCAGAAGCAAUUUAAAAACAUUAGUGCCCUAAUGGAUUGUGUGGGAUGUGAAAAGUGUCGCCUCUGGGGAAAGCUUCAGGUUCUUGGUCUCGGCACUGCACUAAAGAUUCUCUUCUCUGUCAAUGGUCAAAACCAACCUCAUCAGAUUCUGCAUUUGCAAAGAAAUGAGGUGAUUGCCUUGAUAAACCUGCUCAAUCGACUUUCUGAAUCUGUCAAACUCGUAAACGAUAUGGGGCCUAAAGCUGAGAAUGUAAAUGGAGGGCUGGUCUUUGAGCCAACUGCAAAAGAAAUUAGUUCUUGGCGAAGAAUCUGGGAGUCGGUGAUUGAGCUUCGGUAUUACCUACUUACUGUCCGUGGCCUUUAGUACAUCAUUAAGCGGCUGCGGAAGCCGCCAUUGUGACACAUCUUGUAUUGUUCUAACGAAUCAAUUCUGAAGGCAAUGUUUGGACAAAGUGACCUUAGAGAGUAUAGAGCAGGGUUAAGAAGAGGAAGUCGGAGGCAUGUAGACGCAAAUAUAUAAACAGGACAGAGCUGAGUAAAUAUAGAAUUUAAAAUGAAUACUUAACGGAUCAGAUCAUUUUGAAUUUCACAUUAGCAUCUGAUAGAAGGUUUUGUUUUGUGUAUUUGAACGAUUGUAUGAAUAAACCAAUGAUCAUUUUAAUCUGUCCAACUGUUGAGUAAUGGAUAUGCGCUAUUGUGCUUCACUAAUGUUUAGCUCUUCCUGUCUAUUAAGAACCAUUUUCAGCCAUUCUAUGUUGAAACUGUUACUGUGUAA